CAUUCUAUUCGAAAGCAUCAGAUCCAAAAAACAAAAACCUUUUAUCAAGAAUCAGUAUCUAAUCGGUCCUCCAGUGGUGCAAAUAUCAUCAGUUCAAUGUGAGCUCGGUUUGUUAUUGUUCAUUGGGUCCUAUAAGUAUGAAACGAGCGGCAUUUUUAUCGCAGUUUGCCACUGUAAUCAUAGCAACACUCAAUGCCGUGUCUGAUGGAAUGAAUUAUGGCUGGUCAUCGCCCAUGCUUCCAAGGUUAAGAAAAGAGAACUCUCCUAUUAAAAUUACCGAAAAUGAUGAACCAUGGUUGGAAUCCAUCCUUUUGUUUGCUGGCAUUGUUGGUUUACCACUCACGACAUACUUAGUGGACCGGAUAGGAAGAAAACAAUCAACAUUAACUGCAGCUUGCUCUUGUGUUGUGGGUUGGACAAUUAUCGCCUUUGCAAAUGACGUAAUUUACCUGUACAUUGCCAGAUUUAUAAUGGGAAUAGCAGCUGACAUUGCUUUCAUAUCUUCCCCAAUGUACAUUGCUGAAAUCUCACACAAAAGUAUCAGAGGUUAUUUAUCCGCCAUUAUCUAUGUGAUGUCAUACAUGGGCACUGUUUUGAUCUACAUCAUUGGGCCCUACGUAGAUUUCUACGUUCCUUCCGUUGUUGCCGGUGUUUUUCUCGUUAGUCAGAUAAUACUUCUUCCUUUCAUGCCAGAUUCUCCUUAUUUUCUCAUAAAACAAGGAAAAACGGAAAUGGCAAGACAGUCACUGAAAAGACUCAGAGCAACCGAUGACGUCAACCAAGAAUUAACAGAAAUACUUAAUUUCAUCGAGCAAGAAAACCAACAAGAAAAAGGCAAAGUUACCGAUCUGUUCACUGUUCCCAGUAUAAGAAGAGCAGUUAUUAUAAUGACAGUUCUGAACGGAGGACAACAUUUUGCAGGAUACACAGCUAUAAGUAUGAACGUUCAUUCUAUACUCGAAUCGGCUAACUCAACAUACUUCGAUAAAGAAACGGCAACAAUUAUGUAUGGCUGCUUGAUGCUUUUCGGUAGCAUCGUAGCUACAUUGUUGGUGGACAAGUUCGGUAGAAAAACGCUUUUGAUGGUAUCUGCAGUGACUACUGGGAUCUCACUUGGUACUAUCGGAGUUUAUUUCUAUCUUCAAGUCGAUAAUGACUUGUCUGCCGAGAGUUGGCUUCCUGUGGCAGCUCUUAUGACCUUCGCAGUCACUUUCAAGAUCGGUUUGGGUACUGUACCCAUCGUAUUAACUGCUGAGCUAUUUCCAGUUAAGGUGAAGGCUUAUGGAAUGGCUUCCGCGGAUGGUAUAUAUGUGAUCUUCGGAUCCUUAUCUGUUUGGAUUUACGACAUACUUCGAAAAGAUGCGGGUGGAAUGUAUAUGCCUUUUUACUUCUUUGCUGGAUGUAGUUUUAUCACGUGUAUUUUCGCCUGUCUCUUCGUUCCUGAGACCAAAGGAGUGUCUCUCGAAGAGGUACAAAUUAUUCUUAAAGGGAAAUAAUCGUAAUUAUUUUUAACAGAAUUCAACCAUCCCAAAAAGAUAUUUUCCAAAAAUUUGGGUAGAUUUACUUUCAUAAAAUAUGUUAUAUGAAUGAGAAAAAAAUUGUACCAAACAAAGUUGUAUCUCAUUUUGUGAUACUUGAAUAUGUGAUUCUGAGUUAGAUAAUAAGUUAAUAUUUACAGAAAUGUAUAGAUAUAUUUAUUGAACAUAAUAAAUAUUGAUUCAAUGAA